GGGCUCCCCCUUUUCUUUGGGGGAGAACCGGAGUUUUUGACACUGAGCCACCCAGCCGAUGUCAUCUCCUCCAUCGAGCUGUUGUUGCAGUUGUUCUUCUCAGACCCCUUCACGUGUUUCCUUCCCUCAACUGCCAUCUUUCUCCUCUGCUCUACUAGUAGUAGAGCUAGCUAGUCGAGGUUGGUUGUAUGAGAUAGCUUCUGCUUCAGCAGCCUCCACAGACUCGUCUCUGCUUUGCCUCUUGGAGCCUGGCAGUUGAGCUCCCCAGUUUGUGUGACGGCAGGUCUUUCUCGAUCAGUUUCCUUUCCGAAGAACAUUAUACGCAGCAAAUCACAGUCCUCGCUUGGUAGACUCUCAUUACUGGUAGUAUCCUUAUUAGAACAGACCUUGGGUUGAGCCAAAUAAUCAGAGUUGAACCAUGGGUUGCAAUCAAUCAAGCGAGGUGGAUGAAUACGAGGGGUCCGAGGAAGAAUACGGCGGAGGCCAGAAGAUCGAGACCCAGGCACCACCUCCCCAAUCCGUCGUAAAGAAGAAUGAUCGUGUGGAUGCCAUUGACCGUACUCGCACAAUCGAAACGGGAGGAAUACGGAUGCGCUUUGCGUAUUUGAGUCAGAGAGGAAAGUACCCCGAUGAUCCCGACAAACCCAAUCAAGAUGCCUACUGCAUCAAGCACAACUUUGCCAAUCAAAUGGAAGACGCCUUCUUUGGUGUCUUUGAUGGACACGGCAAGGAUGGGCACGGCUGUGCUCAAUUCACUCGUACGCAUCUUCCCGCCUUGGUAGAACGCUUCAUUGAAAAAGGAAAGUCCAAAGUCAACGCCCCUCCCAACGCGGACUUGUCACGAGAACAAACCCAUGCCGCACUCACCAAAGCUCACAUUGAAUGCAACAAGCACUUGCACAAAAACACACACAUUGACGACUCCUUGUCGGGGACCACCGCCAUUUCAGCCUAUAUUCACGGAAAACGAAACAGAAUCACCAUUGCCAAUGUCGGUGACAGUCGAGCCGUAUUGGGACAGGAAGUCAUGAUUCAGGGCACCAAGUCACUCAAGGCCCUACCACUCUCCAGAGAUCAAACGCCCUAUCGAAAGGAUGAACGAAAGAGAAUUAGACAAACCGGGGCACGCAUUUUGUCGCUCGAUCAGUUGGAAGGACUCGAACCAAUACCCGAUGAAGAAUCCGAUGGAGAAGGGGAUUUGGUGCUGGGAGAAGAACUCGACGAGGGCGGCGAUCCUCCUCGUGUCUGGAGUCCCAAUGGAGAUUAUCCCGGUACUGCCUUUACUCGGUCCGUGGGAGAUGCCAUGGCGGAAGAGCUAGGUGUCUUUGCAGAACCAGAAUUACUCACCCGAGAAAUCAUGCCACAGGACAAAAUGAUAGUGCUGGCAUCUGAUGGUGUAUUUGAGUUCUUGACCAAUCAAAGUGUCGUCGAUAUUUGCGCCAAAUUCGCUGAUCCAUUGGAGGCAUGCCGUGCCGUCGUGGCAGAAUCCUAUGAGUUGUGGCUCCAGUACGAGUUGCGUACGGACGAUAUCACCAUCAUUUGCAUCUUUGUCGAUAAUGUCGAUUCAGCAGUGGCAAGUCGAAAUAACGCCAUGGGUACUUCGUCGCGAGGAGGUUCGCAGAGCCAAGAGACGGCACCCGAGGCCGACGUCGACCCGCUGCUGCCCGCGGGUGGAUUAAGGCCAGUGCGAAAGACCAUGACCAAGGAAAAGUCCAAGGCGAUUGAGAAACUGAAAAAGCAGGGAGUUGGAGUGAUGGAUGUCAGUCCCGAUAUCGACAUUGAUCUGACCACGCUGUACACGGAAAAAUCAGAUGCAGAGAAAAAGCGUAUUUCAAAUGCAAUCAAGGCUUCUGUCAUGUUCCGAAAUAUUACCGAGGAACAACGCGAAAUGAUUUUUGGUGUCAUGGAGUCUGUAAAUGUAAAGGCAGAUACGUGGGUUAUCAAGCAAGGGACUGUUGGAGAUCGAUUCUACAUUAUUGAUGAAGGACGGUUUGAAGUACGAAUUGUGCCGGAUGACGAAGAGGACACUGAUGGCAACGGUGGGCACACCGUGCACGUUUAUGAAGGGUCAGUGGCCAAAAACGCACACCCUUGUUUUGGAGAGCUUGCAUUGAUGUACUCCGCACCACGUUCAGCGUCUAUUAUUGCCCAAACGGAUGGUCACCUGUGGGCCCUUCACCGAUUGGCCUUUCGACAAGUGCUGGCACAGUCCCAAGACACCCGACAGGAACUCAAGAAGAGUCUGGGCAAAAUCCCCGCCUUUAAAAGGCUGGAUACUCAUGGUAUUGACAAGAUUGCAGCGGCAAUGGAUGAGGCUACUUUUGGGCGUGGAGAAAAUAUUAUUGAACAAGGGAAGAGUUGUAGUAGUUUCUUUGUGGUGGCAAGCGGUCAAUGUGAACUUGUGAAACGCGUGAAUGGAAAAGUCCAGCACUCUACCUGUAAAGCAGGCGAUUGGUUCGGAGACGAAGCACUCAAGGGGGCUGGAGCAAGGUACAGUUCAACGUGCGUUGCUCUGCAAACAACAUCUUGCUGGCAGAUGGAUGCUGCUUCAAUGCAAAAGAUUGUGAUGCCGUUGAUCAUGUAGCUAGCAAGCGUCGGAUGUCAAAUAUUUCUAUGUAAUACCGGUAGCACUCUUGGCAGAUAGAAGAUGCCAAUUUGAGGGCUCGUUUGCACCAUGGUUAUCCGAGUAUAAUAUGAACAAUGAAUAAUAAUGGAGCUUCUUGAUGUUAGACC